CCGCCUGCUCCUCCCCUUCCUGCUUACAUGUGAAAAGGCUCUUGCUGCCGCUGGAGCCGACGCGCAUUUCUCGGGAUACUUUUCCUUCCCGGGCGGAGUUGGGGAGGGCUAACCGGCGGUUUCCGGGAAAACUGGGAGGCAUCCCGGCCUUGGCUUUCAGCUGGUAGCUCCCGAUGACAAAUGAUGGCCAGCGGCGGCGGUGGUGAAUCGCGACACCCCGCGGAGGGUGGGCUCCCCAAUCUGCAGUUUGUCCCCUUCACUAGCGCUCUGGACGCAGGUUUCUGGCAUGAGCUCACUCAGAAAAAACUCAAUGAAUACAAACUGGACGAGUCUCCGAAACCGAUCAGAGGCUAUUACUAUAAUGGAGAUCCUCCUGGAAUGCCAGCACGUUUAACCCUUGAAUUUAGUGCUUUUGAUACGAAUGGCCCAACACCAGCACAUUGUUGCCCUGCUGUUGGAAUGUUGUAUAACACCAAUACUUUGGAAUCUUUCAAAUCCUGUGAUAAAAAGCUUCUCCUUGAAGAAGCAGCAACUGAGAUAUGGGAUGCAAUAACAACGGGGGAUGCCAUUAAAAAUCCUGUUUUAUUGAACAAAUUUCUUCUCUUAACAUUUGCAGAUCUAAAAAGAUACCGUUUCUAUUACUGGUUUUGUUAUCCUGCAUUGUAUGUCCCAGAAGGUAUCCCUUUGGUUAAACAGCCAGUGCCUCUGAAUACAAAGUUCUCUCCAGCUCAGACUGAAGCCCUCCAGAAUUCAUAUGAUCAACUUUGCCAGAAAGAAGGUCUUACAGCCCUGCCUUAUUUUUUAAUUAAAUGCCAUGAAGAUUCAGUCCAAGUAUCCUUACUUAGGAACUGGGAUGACUUUUUUUCUGAUCAACAGGAGAAGGUGACAUUUGGUGUUUAUGACCCCUGUAAUUUCAUCCAAUAUCCAGGGUGGCCACUGAGAAAUAUGUUGAUCCUUGCAGCGCACAGAUGGGGAGGCGUCCUUCAGUCUGUUGAAGUGCUCUGCUUCCGAGACCGGACCAUGCAGGGAGCCAGAGACAUUUCCCACAGCAUUCUUUUUGAAGUAAAGCUUCCACAGCUGACAAGCAGUUCAGAUUGUCCCAAAGCUGUUGGAUGGGAAAAAAAUCAAAAGGGGUGUAUGGGCCCAAGGAUGGUGAAUUUAAGCGAAUGCAUGGACCCCAAAAGGCUAGCAGAGUCAUCUGUGGAUCUUAACCUUAAAUUGAUGUGCUGGCGGUUAGUACCUACUCUUGAUCUGGAUAAAGUUGUAUCUGCAAAAUGUCUUCUUCUUGGAGCUGGUACAUUGGGUUGCACUGUAGCCAGAACUCUGAUGGGAUGGGGAGUCAGGAAGAUUACAUUUGUGGACAAUGCAAAUAUCUCUUAUUCAAACCCUGUGCGUCAACCACUCUAUGAAUUUGAAGAUUGCCUUGAGGGUGGAAAGUCCAAAGCAGUUGCAGCAGCAGAGAGACUUCAAAAAAUAUUCCCUGGAGUGAAGGCUGAAGGUUUUAACAUGAGCAUCCCAAUGCCAGGUCACCCUGUGAAUUUUUCUGAAACAACCUUGCAGCAAGCGCAAAAGGAUGUGGCUCAGCUGGAAAAGCUGAUUGAUGGUCAUGAUGUCAUCUUUUUGCUAAUGGACACCAGGGAAAGUCGAUGGCUUCCUGCUGUCAUCUCAGCCAGCAAGAGAAAGCUGGUCAUCAAUGCUGCUUUGGGAUUUGACACAUUUGUCGUGAUGAGACAUGGGCUAAAGAAACCAAAGAAUCCUGAAAUUGGAGAUUCUCCAUGCAAUAAUUCUUCUGGCUCAGUCGAUCUUUUAGGAUCAUCACUUUUUUCAAAUAUCCCUGGCUAUAAACUCGGUUGCUACUUCUGCAAUGAUGUAGUUGCACCAGGAGAUUCCACCAAGGAUCGGACAUUGGAUCAACAGUGUACAGUCAGUCGACCAGGAUUAGCCAUGAUAGCAGGAGCACUUGCUGUCGAAUUAAUGGUAUCCAUUUUGCAACAUCCAGAAGGAGGCUAUGCAGUUGCAAGCAGUAGUGAUGACAGAAUGAAUGAACCUCCCACCUCUCUUGGGCUUGUGCCUCAUCAGAUCCGAGGUUUUUUAUCAAGAUUUGAUAAUGUUCUUCCUGUCAGUCUGGCGUUUGACAAGUGUACUGCCUGUUCACCCAAGGUCCUUGACCAGUAUGAAAGAGAAGGCUUUAAUUUCCUAGCCAAGGUUUUUAAUUCUUCCCAUUCGUUCUUAGAAGAUCUUACAGGUCUGACUUUGUUGCAUCAGGAGACUCAAGCUGCUGAGAUUUGGGAUAUAAGUGAUGAUGAAACACUCUGAAAAUCUAAUGAGUGAAGUAAAAGACGACCAACAAGCCAACUUAUUUUAGGGUUCUGUGGAUGUAUUUUUAUCAGUCAUUUAAUGAUUGCUUCCUUAAAUUUAUUGCAAACAUAAACAUGUUCAGUCUACAUCUUUGGUCAAGAUGGCACACUGUGACAGUUUCAAAGCAAACAUACUGUGGUUGCUCUUUUUAUUGUGUUCCUGAUGCACAUAUAGUUAAUUGUAAGACUGCUCAAAUUAAAAUUACAUAUUGUUUCUAAAUACAGCUUAUAUAUUUUUUUCUUUAGUACAUAUCUUUGUAUCUCUCACCCACCCGCCCCCAAUUGGAAUGUUUCUUUUAGGUAAAUUUGAAAAACAUUUUGCAGUGUUUUAGGAACUUGUCAUUAUUGUAUAAGAUUGAAAACUGAACCAUAAAAAGUAACCUACACAGAGGGAAUAAAUGAAACAAACAAGGCCAGAUGUUUUGGGAUACAAAAAGACCUUGGGUCUUUUUGUCUUGAUUACUGUCUGUACAAGAGACAGGUAGAAGUUCUUCUCCCCUCAAUUCAGUUAUCUUCAUCUACCCUUCUCUCAAAAAUCAGGAACUCUGAAUGAAAUAAGCUGCAAUGUAGACAAGCAAGUACAUUCCAUUAACUUCAUUGCAUGAACAGCAGUUUAGAUCGAAGCUGUCAUACUAUUUCAUAGACCCACCUUUUCCCUUUUUGCAAACAAUUAGUAGUUUAUAUCCCUGUAAAAUAAGGAAAUGAAAUUCUAACUCACAUUAAAAGUGUAUACUGAACAACGAUGCAAUUGUUGUUCUGAAUAAUUAGUGUAGCAAAUGUUUUUGCUUUUAUUACAGUGACAAAUCUGUUUUUGCUUGAAGACGCAGAAUGCUAGCUAGUAGAAACUGUGGGCAUUGUUAGCUUCAUUGGGUUUAGAAGAAAGCCUGCCUUUUCGCCCACUUCUUUAUAAGCAGCAAUGCAAUGUGUCAAAUUUUUUUUUCAUCUUAGGAAAUACUACACUGGUCUCUAUCCAGAGUAGUAGCUCCAUAUACUACUAGCAUCUGUUGACUUAGCUUUCCUCUAAAAGGAACUCUCAGUGACAUAAAAUACCCAGACAAGGAGACCAAAUAUCUCAUAUUCUUCAAUCUUGUGUCACUUUCCCUUGUAUAAAUUAUAAUCACAAAUCUGCGGAGAAGUUCAAAAUAUGAAAUUCAUGAUUUAUUUUUUUAGUUUUAAUGGUACAAGUUGGUCAUUUAAAUCUAUGUUACUCAGUUUAUAAUGUCUACUGUUUACAUUUAUAAUUAACUUUACUGAUGCAGCAUUUAGUAAGGAGCCUAGCUUCUGUACAAUAUAUCCAGUAUUGUUGUUCACUGGCUAAAUUUCUUCUUCAUUCUAGGUUUGAAAAAGGCAUGAUUUUAAAGAAAGCUCAGUUUUGUAUAGUUAACCAUUCUAGUAACAUAAGCAUUAAUGGCUAUUUUUCAAUUGUAAGUAUGAAAUGCUUGUAAUAUAAAUUAAAUAACUAUCUAGUGA